AUCUAUAAUUAUAGCACGACGAACUGUAUUUGGUCUUUAUAGUGUUAUAGCAAUUUAAGUAAAAAGUUGGCACAAGUAUCAAAACUGUUAAUUUUAUCUAUGUUUUCAACCAUCAAAUUGCAAUGGGUUCCUAACCCGUAGCUGACGUAUUUUAUAUUUAUAAGAACCAGAUAUUGUACAGAUUUGUAGUUUAAGUGAAUUAUCUGUGUUUGUGAUUGAAAUUUAGAAUAUAUAAUUGUUAAUGAUUAAGAAAUAAUGUCCUUCGAGUACUUGCCCGUGGCCGAAGAUGAAAAUGAAGAACCCAUAGAACUUCCAAUUGAAGAAGAUGGGACUUUGAUGUUAACAACUGUAUCCGCGCAGUUUCCUGGCUGUUGUGGACUCAAGUAUCGUCAUCCUGAAACGAAAACGUUUAGAGGUAUAAGAUUACGAGAUGGUAGGCUUUACCCACCACCAGAAGGUUGGGGAAAUCAACUGUACAUAUGCAGUUUUCCGAAAGAAAAUAAACGAAAAUCUGGUGACAAUUCUGAAACAUCUUCGGUGAAAAGUAAACGGAAUGAUAAUUUGUGCUCAGAUUUAAUAGUGUUGGGGUUACCAUGGAAAGCAACAGAGCAAACCGUGCGGGAGUAUUUCGAAAAGUUUGGCGAAGUGUUAAUGGCUCAAUUAAAACGUGAUCCUAAAACCGGUAUGUCAAAAGGCUUCGCUUUUAUUAGAUUUUCAUCUUACACAUCUCAGAUGAGAGUCUUAGCUCAAAGACAUAUGAUUGAUGGACGUUGGUGUGAUGUACGGAUACCUAACUCAAAGGAAGGUUCUGUCACAUCUAUGCCUUGUAAAGUUUUUGUUGGCCGCUGUACAGAAGAUUUAACAGCCAAUGAUUUAAGAGAAUAUUUUUCACAAUUUGGUGAAGUAACGGAUGUUUUUAUUCCAAAGCCUUUUAGGGCAUUCAGCUUUAUAACAUUUUUGGAUCCUGAAGUUGCACAAAGCUUAUGUGGUCAAGACCACAUUAUAAAAGGAGUAUCUGUAAAUGUGUCUAAUGCAUCACCUAAACAAAAUAAAAGUGGUUCUAAUCAACGAAACUUACCAAGUAGAAACUAUGAAGAAGGACAUCCACACAGUGCCUCAAACAAUAAUUCAUGGAGUAGCCGUAAUAUGGAUAUGGUGAAUAUGCAAGCCUUAGGAUUGUCUGGCCAACACGGUCAAACCGCCGUGGCCGGUGGUGGAGGGCAAGGCCAAGGUGGAAGUAUGCCACUCGGCAUGGGUGGUUUGCCAGUAAAUCAAGCUCUAGUAGCUGCUGCACUAAAUCAGGCAGCAGGCUGGGGUUUAAUUAAUAAUAUACCAUCGGGGGGAUCAGAUCAAGGUGCCUUUGCUGGACCGGCUUCUUCUGCUCCACCAGCACCACCUAACUUCCUGUCAUGGAUGCAACAGGGCAAUUCUGGACAAGGACCUUCUAGUCAGUGGGGACAGAGACACCAAUCCCAAGGCCACUCCGUUUGAUAUAGUGUCUGAUUUGAUAAGCUCACAAUAAUCUCUGUGAUUGUAGCAAGUUUUAGAGAAUUUAUUUGUCAUUAUCUACAAUACAAAUGGGUUGUUCUGUUGGUGGAAAGUGGUUUGCUGCUGAUGUUAUUAAUUUAUUUUGGAGUUGCUUGUGUUUUGUUGUUUUUUUUUUGGAUCUAUUGUUACAAUUGCAUGGUUAAAGUAUCAGGUACAUAUGAAAUAGUAGUGUGUAGCAAAUAUUGGGUUUGAAUUAUGAAUUACCUUAUGUUAUUGUGCUUUGUUAAACAUAAAUAUCAUAUUUUUAGUAAUAUCUAACAAACUAACAAUUGAAUUGAUAUUCUGCAUUCAUUAAACGCUUUUCAAGAACUUCACUACAAUCGAAGACCAUUGCUUUUGCUUACAUCUAUUUAAUAUUUUGAUUUCAAAGUUAGAGUAAUAUCAAGAGUAAAUUAUAAAUCACUUUAUUCAUUUCUGAUCAUCGUUUAACUACCAAUUAUUUCUUUAUUAAUGUGGUAAUAUCUUAAUAUCACUUCACCUUUAAUUAUUGGUUUAUCAUAGAUAUAAUGAGUAUAUUCUGUUUUUUGGUCCCCCUUAGCUUUUUGUUAUAUGCAAUUGUUAUAAAUAAAAUACUAACAUGGAUACAAGUCACAGCCUGAUAAUAAUUGACAAAAUAUUCAAAUAAUGUGUGGUAAUAAUAUUGUCUGCUGUAUUGGAGUUGAUAUGUAUUUUUGAUAUAUAAACACUUUAAACAUUAUUCCCCCCCUUCCCCCCAAAACUGAGUUGUACCUAUAAUAGAAUAAGUGUACUGUGCUUUGUACGUUAAUAGGUAUAUGUUUUUACAACAGACUGUUAAAAGUUCAUACUUGUAUAGAAAAGAUAGAGGUCUAUUGAUUGUUAUCAUUGUUUAUCAAAUGAUGUUGUUUAUUAUAAAUUUAUUGUGUGUUUCCUCAGUAAAUGUGCAAAAUGAGGGUAUAUGUCUAUUUUUAACUAAAUAAAUGGCUAGAUAUUUUUGUGACUAAGCAAUGUGGAAUUGUUCAUUGAAUGGGAUCCUAGCUGUAGAUUUAGUGAAUCCACUGGCAUUGUGUAAAAAGUAUGCACUAAUGUAGGGCAAAUCUAAAUGAUGUUGGUACAAAUUUUAAGACUGUAAAUAAUUUCCAGUACAUAAUGUUGUAAACAAUAUAGAUUAAAAUUUCAUUAUAUAAUUAAACAAAUUUGGUGCAAAAAGUUUAUGAAACUAAUGUCAUAUAGCUAAACAUAGAUGGUUAAAAUAUUUACAAUAUACUUAAAGAUUUUUAAAUAUUUCUUGCUUUAAAAUGAGUGAAGGUUUUUUCAUUCACCUACAGACAUACAGGAAAAGUCUAUAUCUGAAAUAUGUCGAUAGUUUUAUCAAAUAAUAUGUGGAGCAGUAUAUAAAAUCGAAUUUCUUUGUGUAAUAUUAGUUUAAUAAUGCAUGAAUACCUCUAGUUAUAUCUGAUAACUGGUGUGAUUUGAGAUCGCAACCGACAUGUUUAUAUGCAUUAUUAUUCUGACAUAUUAAAUUAUAUAAACUAGAAAAUCAGCCUUAUUACUAUAUGAAACGAAUAUUUUUUCACUACACAUAUAAAAAUCAAUCAUGUAGAGUGUUUUGUAAUAAUUAAUUGGAAUAUUUAAAAGAAACUUUUAUAUGUGACUACUUGAAUUGGUUUAUAUUUGUUUAUGUUCGCUUUGAGUUGGUCAGUGGAUAUGUAUUUAUUUUAAUGGGAGAUAUGGGAUGUCUAUGCAGUACCAAUAACAUUUUAUAUGUAACAACAGUUAUGUGACAAAGUUAUUUUAAAAGGGAGACAAUUCUGUUGACAUGAAAUAUUAUCACUAGAACAACAUUGUUUAGAUAACUAACAGCUAUUUAUGUAUCCACCAAAUAUCAUUUGUAAUUGUUUUGUUAAAAUAUUUUAAAAACAUUGAUAUGUUUUUUUUUCUAUUUCGUUUUGGUUUUGUUAAUUUGUUUAUUAACUUAUUUAAUGUGGACCAAAUUUUUUUGGUUCUUAAUUGUACCCGUAUAAAUAUAUGUAUCGUCCAAAUAAUCACUUGCAUACAAUGACAUUUUUUAACUAUUUUUAUGUCAAUUUCAUUUAAUAAUAGCUUGGAUGUUACAACUGACAUGACAGCUUCUUCUGUCGUUCGAAACUUUAAUAAUAAUAAAAAAAAUAUAUAAAAAAACGUGUUAGUGCAAUAUUCGAUCUUGUAAGUCCUAUUAGCCAAUACUUGCUUAUUGCAGUGCAACAAACUAAAAUUAUUUCGAUUGUAACACAACAAUCAUCAUGUGUGUCCUUAGUCAUGGUUUGUAUAAUUAUAAAAAUGUACAAUCCCACUGACUUCAAUAGGAUCAAACAAACAAGGUGCUAAUUGCCGAUAACAAACACGUUUUAUUUAAUUUUUAUGACAUCAUCGCGUAGGGUAUUUGGCUGUAUGAUUGAAACAUCAAUCUAUGAUAACAUUCGUUGUGAGAACGUUAUUAUAAUUAUUUUAAUAAACAAACACGCUAUUCAUUGUAAGCCAUUUACAUGUAAUCAUUUCGUUACACUUUAAAAUAAUCGAUAAGAAAGAAAGUCGAAUACCCAUUUGAGGACUUUUCAAGAUUUUUUAAUAUUUAGAUACUCCAAAUGCUGACAUUUAGUUAUUCCUUAGAACAUUUCUGAAUUGUAAUAGUUACCUUAUGCAUCUACAUAUUAUUUACCUUAUUAUUAUAUGGAGAAAAUAUAUUUUAAUAAUAAAAAAAAAACAGUUAUUCUUCAUUUGAAAAUUUGUGUCUUUAUUAAUGAUAUUUAUGUACGCUAUCAUUUACAUGUAUAUAUUUCUAUUAUUGCUUUGUCUCCAAUUACAUUUUUUUUUUCAAUGUUAGUUGAAUGUCUUCCACCCUUAUAAAUUAUUUUCAUAUGCCUAUGUAAUGGAUAAUGUAUUUAUAUUUUUUCCUACAUACUGUAGAUGUUAAUGUAGGUAUUACUUUUUCCCUUUUAGCUUUUACUUAAUGUGACUUUGUCUAAACACCGGUUUUAUUGAUUCUAUUGAAUUUGUUUUGUGUCUGCGUUGAUUUAAUAAAGUACUUAAAACAUACAAA